AUGCCUACUCGGAAACCAAGAAAAGACUCGAAUAAAUCUCCUGCCAAAGAAUUCGAAUUCAUUGUCUUGUCUGGGGAUGAAACGGGAAGAGACAGAGAGACACAGAGGCGAGUUCGCAGCGUCGCUCAGGCCAACUAUCGACGUCAACAUCCAUAUAAGCGACGCCAAACAACCGUGGACCUUGACGUUACGCCUUUGCUUGAUGGAACAAUUCACAGUUCAAAUGCUGGGCCCAGUCAAGUCCUUCCAAGAUCGAUGUCAAUACUAGACGCGAGUCGGUCCGAUCCAUUUCAGUCGUUCGGAUUCGGAGACAAUCGUCGAGCACACCGUCUCUGGGAUCACAUGUAUGAUGGAACAUGUCCCAAAUUCAACACGCUAGUUCAAAUCGGCUUCGUCGAUCUAGCUCGAGAGACAAUAGCGCUUUCGCAAAUGCUCUCUGCAUCCGCGUGGCAUCUCGUUCAUUGGUUGGGAUGCGAGAGCGACUCCGGCGAAGACGCCCAGUAUUCUAUGAUCUCAACGCAAAAUCUUCAGCAGAGGUUAAACAGCGUGGCAACUGGUGCUAGUGACGAGGUUGUUAUCGCCGUUCUGACAUCCGCGGCAUAUGCGAAUUUGAUCAAAGAGCCUGGAAUGUUUCAAGUCCAUAUGGACGGGCUUUCGCGUAUCCUUCAUCUCAAAGGCGGCGAGGGUUCAUUACACUCACCUCCUCUCCGGCUUGCUCUGUUUUGGAUCGAAAUUAAUGGGCGGUUUCGGCAAGAUGCAGCGGCUCAAUUUCCUCCGCCCAAUGAUAUCCUUUCCGGCCAGAGCAAACUGAACUUGGCAUUAUUCGAUGCAGCACAACUCUCAUCCGGCUGCGUUAUUCCCACUGUGGAAAGAUUGCUACAUCACUUCCUCUCCCUUCCUCGGUCAUCAAUACAUGAUGAAAUUCAUGCUCGUCAAAGGGAGUGCUUCCGCCUUGCCGGAAUUUUGUACCUUGGCAGUCUUCGCUCUAAAUUUGACUUUGAGCCUGGUGCAGGCAUGCUCUAUGGAACAAAACUGCAGUUGGUACUUGGUUCAGAAGGGAUGCUUCCCAAGUGGGACACAUCUAAUAUCUUCCUCAUUUGGAUACUCACUGUUGCAGCUUGCUCGCCGAUUCUCUUUGACGAUUUGAGAAUGCAAUUUGCGGCAUUGUUGUCAGAAAGCGUCCGAUCCAUAGGCUAUGAAACUCCUCAGGACUAUUUGGCUGCGAUAAAUGGAUUUAUUUGGUGUGAGGCAGCUUUUGGUCUCAAAGCGUAG